AUGACGAAUAUUAUUUAUUGUAUUUUAGCAAAUAAAGAGAUAUAUUCAAAAGCUAUUUUUUUUCUAUUAUAUCUCAAUAAUUACAUCCUGCGGAGCAACCACCGUGCCCAGGUAGCAUUGUUUAAUAAAACACAAAUCGUUUAUACUGGAUCUCUUAUAUCUAAUGGAUUCUUGCCUUAUAGAACGGUUCAAACUUAUCAGAAAUAUUGUAUCUGUGAAACAUCUUAUUCUUGUUCCUGUUGUCAAAAUGUUAUUAUUUUGUAUACCAAAGUUGAAAAGAAUCUUUGCGUUAAUUUUACAUAUCAAAGAAAUGGAUUGAAUAUUGAUAUUACGUUGAAUUCCGACAUGUUAAGAGCUAGAACAAUCACAGAUUAUAAAUUAUUAAAGUUUUGCACUAAUAUACCAGGAUGUUACUUCUCAUCUGUAUGCAUAAAUGUAUUAGAACUCAAUAAAUUUCCCAGAUCGAUCACUGCUUGUCUUCGAUUGGAUAUUUUCUCUAAGAAACGAUUAUGGCAAUUAAAUUAUGACUGCGUUGGCAUAUCAACAGAAUUGCCUACAAUACCAAGUAAUGGAACGAUGUCAACAACGGCUGGAACUGCAGGAAUGUCUACGACGAUGAGCGCUGGAAUGACAUCAGCAAUGACCACUAGUCAAGUAACUACUACGACGAUGAUAACAACGACGAUAAAAAGUACUACAUCACGAGAUGUAGAGGUGAUAACAGUACCGGGAAAUGAAUCAACAACGGUCGUGGAUAUCGAUAAAUAA